GAGGCAGCGCGAGAGAGCGAGGCAGAGUCCGAACCGACAGCCAGGAGCCCGCACGCACCUCGCACCAUGAGAUGGCGACGCUCCCCGCGCCGCUCCGGGAGUGCCGGCCCCCGGGCCCCGCGCCCCGGCCCCGCCGCCCGCUCGCCGCCGCCGCUGCUGCCGCUGCUGCUGCUGUGGACCGCGGCCCUGGCGCCGGGGGCGGCCGCCGGCGACAAAGCGGCUCCCGCGGGGGCCUCGGUGUGCUACUCGUCCCCGCCCAGCGUGGGCUCGGUGCAGGAGCUGGCUCAGCGCGCCGCGGUGGUGAUCGAGGGAAAGGUGCACCCGCCGCGGCGGCAGCAGGGGGCACUCGACAGGAAGGCGGCGGCGGGCGAGGCAGGGGCGUGGGGAGGCGAGCGCGAGCCGCCAGCCGCCGGCCCGGGAGCGCUGGGGCCGCCCGCCCCGGACCCGCUGCCCACCGCCAACGGGACCGUGCCCUCCUGGCCCAGCGCCCCGGCGCCCAGCGCGGGCGAGCCCGGAGACGAGGCGCCCUAUCUGGUGAAGGUGCACCAGGUGUGGGCGGUGAAAGCCGGGGGCUUGAAGAAGGACUCGCUGCUCACCGUGCGCCUGGGGGCUUGGGGCCACCCGGCUUUCCCCUCCUGCGGGAGGCUCAAGGAGGACAGCAGGUACAUCUUCUUCAUGGAGCCCGAUGCCAACAGCAGCAGCCGCGCGCCGGCCGCCUUCCGAGCCUCUUUCCCCCCUCUCGAGACGGGCCGGAACCUCAAGAAGGAGGUCAGCCGGGUGCUGUGCAAGCGGUGCGCUUUGCCUCCCCGAUUGAAAGAGAUGAGGAGCCAGGAGUCCGCCGCAGGCUCUAGACUCGUCCUUCGGUGCGAGACCAGCUCCGAAUACUCCUCUCUCAAAUUCAAAUGGUUCAAGAACGGGAACGAAUUAAACCGAAAGAACAAACCACAAAACAUCAAGAUACAAAAAAAGCCAGGGAAGUCAGAACUUCGCAUUAACAAGGCAUCACUGGCUGAUUCUGGAGAAUAUAUGUGCAAAGUGACCAGCAAAUUAGGAAAUGACAGUGCCUCUGCCAAUAUCACCAUUGUGGAUUCAAAUGACCUCAUUACUGGCAUGCCAGUCUCCACUGAAAGAGCAUAUGUGUCUUCAGAGUCUCCCAUUAGAAUAUCAGUAUCAACAGAAGGAGCAAAUACUUCUUCAUCUACGUCAACAUCUACAACCGGGACAAGCCAUCUUGUAAAGUGUGCAGAGAAGGAGAAAACUUUCUGUGUGAAUGGAGGCGAGUGCUUCAUGGUGAAAGACCUUUCAAACCCCUCAAGAUACUUGUGCAAGUGCCCAAAUGAGUUUACUGGUGAUCGCUGCCAAAACUACGUAAUGGCCAGCUUCUACAAGCAUCUUGGGAUUGAAUUUAUGGAAGCGGAGGAACUCUACCAGAAGAGAGUACUGACCAUCACCGGCAUCUGCAUCGCCCUGCUUGUGGUCGGCAUCAUGUGUGUGGUGGCCUACUGCAAAACCAAGAAACAACGGAAAAAGCUACAUGACCGUCUUCGGCAGAGUCUGCGGUCUGAACGCAACAACAUGGUGAACAUAGCAAACGGACCUCACCACCCCAACCCGCCCCCUGAGAACGUCCAGCUGGUGAAUCAAUACGUAUCUAAAAAUGUCAUCUCUAGUGAGCAUAUUGUUGAGCGAGAAGCGGAGACAUCGUUUUCUACCAGUCACUACACCUCAACAGCUCACCACUCCACCACCGUUACCCAGACUCCCAGCCACAGCUGGAGCAAUGGGCACACUGAAAGCAUCCUUUCGGAAAGUCACUCUGUAAUCAUGAUGUCGUCAGUAGAAAACAGCAGACACACCAGCCCAACCGGGGGCCCACGAGGACGACUUAAUGGCUUGGGAGGCCCUCGCGAAUGUAACAGCUUCCUCAGGCAUGCUAGAGAAACCCCUGACUCCUACCGAGACUCUCCUCAUAGUGAAAGGUAUGUGUCAGCAAUGACCACCCCGGCUCGUAUGUCACCUGUCGAUUUCCACACGCCAAGCUCCCCCAAAUCGCCCCCUUCGGAAAUGUCUCCACCUGCGUCCAGCACGACGGUAUCCAUGCCCGUCAUGGCAGUCAGCCCCUUCGUGGAAGAAGAGAGACCUCUGCUUCUGGUGACACCACCAAGGCUGCGGGAGAAGUAUGACCAUCACCCUCAGCAGUUCAACUCCUUCCACCACAACCCCGCCCAUGAGAGCAACAGCCUGCCCCCUAGCCCCUUGAGGAUAGUGGAGGAUGAGGAGUACGAAACCACCCAGGAGUAUGAGCCAGCUCAAGAACCUGUUAAGAAACUCACCAGUAGCCGGCGGGCCAAAAGAACCAAGCCCAAUGGCCACAUCGCCAACAGGUUGGAAAUGGACAGCAACGCAAGCGCUGAGGGCACUAACUCAGAGAGUGAAACAGAAGAUGAGAGGGUAGGGGAGGAUACACCCUUCCUGGGCAUUCAGAACCCCCUGGCAGCCAGUCUUGAGGCAGCACCUGCCUUCCGCCUGGCGGACAGCAGGACUAACCCAGCAGCCCGCUUCUCGACGCAGGAGGAAUUGCAGGCCAGGCUGUCUAGUGUAAUCGCUAACCAAGACCCUAUCGCUGUAUAAAACCGAAAUAAACACAUAGAUUCACCUGUAAAACUUUAUUUUAUAUAAUAAAGUAUUCCACCUUAAAUUAAACAAUUUAUUUUAUUUUAGCAGUUCUGCAAAUAGAAAACAGGAAAAAAAAACUUUUAUAAAUUAAAUAUAUGUAUGUAAAAAUGUGUUAUGUGCCAUAUGUAGCAAUUUUUUUACAGUAUUUCAAAACGAGAAAGAUAUCAAUGGUGCCUUUAUGUUCUGUUAUGUUGAGAGCAAGUUUUGUACAGUUACUGUGAUUGCUUUUCCACAGUAUUUCAGCAAAACCUCCCAUAUAUUCAGUUUUCGCUGGCUUCUCGUGCAUUGCAUUCUGAUGUUGAUGGGAUGUAUGAUUUGCAAGACUUGCAACUGUCCCUCCGUUUGCUUCUAGUAGCGCCCGAUCAGUACGUCUUGUAAUGGCACAUCCAUCGAAAUACUCUUCUCUUUUGUAUGAAGUUUUCUUUUGCUUUCAGUAUAUGAAACAAGUUGUGUCUCCUCUGCCAGCCAAAGGUUCGCUUCACUGGGCUCUGAGAUAAUAGUAGAUCCAACAGCAUGCUACUAUUAAUUACAGCAGGAAACUGCAUUAAGUAAUGUUAACUAUUAGGAAGAAAGUAAUAUUGUGAUUUAAAAAAAAAAACUAUAUUCUUAAUCAGAAGACAGCUCGCUCUCGCGAAAAUGAGCUACCAUUUGCUUUAUUUGGGUUUAUUUUUCUUGACAAAGAGCAACAGUUUGGGGGACUAGCAUAGAAAAUGGGUUCUGGCCUGCUUUUCGGGGUAAACCCAUUACCUUAGCAGAGGACUCCACCUCAGUUUCUGGGGGAAUGACACAGCAGGUCAUCUAGUUGAAAAUCAAACCGUGGCGGAGAAAGGUGCAAUCGUUCCUGACUUGGGUUUCUCGCUGACUCGGGAGCUGGCCAUUGGCUGUGUCUUAUCAGCUCAUGAACAGAUGUGUUACGGCACAAAAUGACCAUGAAAUGACGGCACACUCAGCAUUUUGUGUGAAAUACUUCUGCCGUGAAAUACGCCUGCCGUAUGCGGUGGUGACUAGACAUCCUAGAGAAAUAGGUCUGUUGUAGAGUGUUUAGAAGGAGUGAGUGUGUCUAGAAGGCUCAGGUGGGACUUGGGUGCGGUCUUAAAUAGUUAUGUUGCCCAUGUCUUUCUCCUCAUGAUUUUCCUCUUGUUUUUUCAAUGUUGCCUCAAUCAGGUCAUAACUAUGCAUGAACAUUUUUGUCAGGAAUGGCCAUUGUGCAUGUGAUUGUGACUGGCAAGAGCCUUCCACAAGUGAUGAUUCAUCAGGGAAUGUGGACGGUGUUGGGAAAUUGCACCUUUCCUUGCAGAAGUGACCCCCACCUGUGUCCUGGCCUCUCCAUCUGCAGCCUGUAUCAUCCAUCCCCCACCCCCUUUCUUAUCUUUUGCUUUACUGUCACGAAACAGGUAUGAAGAUGGGUCUGAGCUUCACCUGUUCUCUCUGACUGUAAGUCCAAGGAAGGCCUAUAGGCAUUAACAUUUGGAAUAAACGCUAAUUCAGGAAAAUAAGGGGAUUUUUAAAAAACGCAGCCCCCGUUUUACACCCUGCCCGACAUCUGUCAAAUCAGGCUAGAGCUUUACUUAGAUUCCCAGUGGCCUCCUGGGAUCCAUGGGGCAAAAUGGGAAAAAGGUCGGCAGGGGGGUGCAAAUACCAGGCGUGAAGUCACCGAGAGCAGCGUUUGCAGGUGAACUGGAUUUAGAUCUUCAUCAAAUUAGAUCUUCAUCAAAUGUCUGUGUUCAAAUUCUCGGGAGGAAGGGACGUGCAAGGAGGUCUUGGGAAAAUGUGGGUCGGACAGAGUCAUGUCAUUAAGCUCCUUUUAUGUUUCUACGACCCACAGAGAUAUCUGUCUGCAGGUCCGUGAAGUUACCCUGAGUAUCUGGUGUCCUGAACCGUCCUUCGUUACCCACAUGCCACUUUCUCUGUGCUCUGUGUGUCGGGCUGCCCGAGUUGCUCCGAUUUCCCCCUUCUGUAGAAAUGAGUAAGCUCCUGGCAGGGGGAAGAGGACAGUCCACCCGAAGAGGUCCUUUAAAUUAUGCUAAUAUUGCCUUUGAAGGCCUUGGCUCAUUCAGAGACUAUGUCAAUAAAGAAAUUUUUACCAUUAAUGGAAAGUCUAAAAUUUCUGUUGCAAAAAUCUUAGGGCAUUGGAGUCAUCCAAUGGCCCAUUGUGGAGAAUUUCUGGAAUAAAUGAAAUCUUCUGCUGAGAGGAAUCAACAUUUUCCUCACUAUAAAAAUUUCUGUAUACCUUUUCAGGUCACAAAUAUAUAGGGACAUUUAGGACAAGAGGACAUUUUCUUUCCAGCUUGAUUCUGGUCACUCAGAGAGGUGGCAUAUUUGCUGGGAUAGCCUUUCCUUCUGUAGAAGAAGUGUUUCCCCCUGGUAAGAAAGGCCAGCUGUCUCCUCAGGGCUACCUGCUGCCACUACCACCUUUGUGUUCCAAGGGACUGCUCUGUGGUGUUUAGUCACCACAUGGCUCUCAACCAUCCCUGUCUAGAAAUUCAGGUGGUGUGGUGGUAAUCCCAAGAAGGGGUGUAGACCCAAGCUCCCAGCCUGUGGCCAGCUUUCGGGGGUUUUCAGGGUGGAAAUCACCCAGAAGUUUGACAGCAACUGUGUUUCCUGGGUGUGAAAUCAUAUCCCACCAAGGGGUAGUGCAGUACAGGCGAAACUUCUUUUCUCACUCAAGAUUCCUUUUCCAUCCUAUUCGCCCUUCUUGCCUGGUAUGACUUGUUUUGUUUAUUUUUUUCAAGAGUGCCUGGACAGCCUCAGGCUUUCCACCAAAUGGCACUCUGCCCGAGUAUAAGUGAAUGUGUCCCAAACACCAACAGACCAUAUCUUCCUUGUUUAAGUGUGACUGUCUUGAUAGAGAUGGAGUUUAUCCAGGGUAACUUGCUCAUGAGUAUUCCUUUUUUUGGCCUGAGUUAAAAGGUGCAUGGAUCAUAGGGAUGAAAAUAAGGAAGGCCUGGUUUUAUCUUUUAGUACUAGCUCCAUUCCACCACCCACAAAGAUUUCUAUCUGCAGAGACCCGUGAAACACUGCAGAGAAAUGCAGGCAAAAGGAAACGGCCACAUUUCACGAGUUCUAUUAUAUAUUCUUUUGUAAAUACAUAUCGUACGUUACUUGGAUGUUUUCCUAAAUCAUUUACUGUCUUUAUGAGUUAAUAUCCAUUUCUUACUCUCUUGACUGACUGUGUAACAUUGUAAAUAACAUAAUGUCCUUUAUUAUUUAUAUUUAAGCAUCUAACAUAGAGUUGUUUUCAUAUAAGUUUAAGAUAAAUGUCAAAAAUAUAUGUUUUUUUUUCAUUUUUCUUUGCUUUAAAAUUAUGUAUCUUUUCCUUUUCUUUUUUUUUAAAGAAUAAUUUAUUGUUCAGGAGAAAGAAUGUAUAUGUAAUUGAAACUAUUUGAAGAAUGCACAUUUGAAGGCCCUGAGGUACUGAUAAACUAAAGAAUUUAUUAUCCAAAAUACUAA